AUGGUUAUGCUUAUAGGUUGUUUCCUCGUACUAAUCUCGUUUUCCCAUCUCCCAGCCGCGGCGGCCGCGGGUGGUGGCAAGUGGAGCCUCCUCCGCUCCAACAUCGGCGUCUCAGCAAUGCACAUGCAGCUUCUCAACAACGACCGCGUUGUCAUCUUCGAUCUCACCGACUACGGCCCCUCAAACAUCUCCCUCCCCAACAACCACCGCUGCCGCAAAGCCCAAUCCACCAACUGCACAGUACUCGACUGCACGGCGCAUUCUGUUGAAUACGACGUCGCAUCCAACUCAUUCCGGCCCCUCUUUGUCUCUACCUACACCUGGUGCUCCUCUGGCGCCACCACGCCAAAUGGAUCUCUCACGCAGACCGGUGGCUACCGCGACGGUUACCGCACCACCGGAGUGUUCGAACCGUGCAAAGACGGCUCAUGCGACUGGCAUGAGUUUAGCAACGCCCUCGCUCAGAGAAGAUGGUACGCCACCAAUCACAUCUUUCCAGAUGGCAGACAGAUCAUUUUUGGCGGGCGCGACAUCUUCUCGUACGAGUUUUACCCGAAAAGGUCACAAUUUAAGCGAUCAAUCGAUUUGCCUUUCUUAAAGGAGACUCGAGAUCCUGACAUAGAAAACAAUCUCUACCCCUUUGUUUUCCUGAAUGUGGAUGGAAAUGUAUUUCUCUUCACCAACAAUCGAGCUGUCUUGUUCGAUUACUUAAAGGGUAUAGUGGUGAGAAAUUACCCAACCAUCCGUGGUGGGGAUCCCAGAAACUACCCAAGUUCAGGUUUUGCAGUUCAGCUUCCGUUGCGGAUAGAUGCUCCCGCCAUCACACCCGAAGUUCUGGAGACCAUGCCUUUUCUCAUAGUCAUGGGUGACAUGGUGCUCCUUCCUAAUGGGAAUGUCUUGAUUAUUAACGGCACAGGCGCUGACACGGCCGGCUGGAUUAUGGGGCAUGAACCUGUGGUCACACCCCUCAUUAAGAGACCCAGUAAUCAGCCUAGGUCGAGAUUCGAGGCACAAAGCGCCAGUUCUGUGCCUAGAAUGUACCAAUCCACCGCGAUACUGCUUCGCAAUGGCAAUGUUCUGGUUAGUGGGAGCAAUCCUAACGCUUAUUACGCGUUUACUGCGGUGCAUUAUCCCACGGAUUUGUUGAUGGAAAGUUACUUACCGGAAUACUUAGAUCCGCAAUUUACACCUUUGCGUCCCAACAUUGUGUCCCCGGCUUCACAUUCUCGAGUUGGGUACGGGCAGCAACUAGCCGUUGAUUUCACCGUUGAAGCCGCGAUAAAUACAUAUUUUAUUAGUGUUACAAUGGUCGCGCCUCCCUUCACUACACAUUCAUUUUCAAUGAACCAAAGGUUGCUCGUUCUCACCGGGGGCGUUGGGCGCAUCGUGUCGCUUGGAGGAACUAAUUAUCGAGUGAAGGUUUCGACGCCGGGUUCGAAAAUCCUUGCUCUGCCUGGUUACUAUAUUCUGUUUGUGGUUUACCAAGAAGUUCCUAGUUUAGGCAUUUGGGUGCAAAUCAGAUAG